AUGAAACGCAGUGACUGCCUUGGCUUGAUCCAGGAAUGCCGCAGCAUCACGGUCGCAAGGGAGCUCCACAAGCGCAUCCAAUCGGCGAUCCAUGCCACUGAUCUCUUUCUCCUCAACAAGCUCAUCGAGAUGUAUGGCCGGUGUGGAAGUGCCGAGGAUGCGCGGCUCGUCUUUGAUUCCAUGGCCACAAGGGAUUGUUUCUCCUGGGAUCUCAUGCUCACAGUCUACUGCAAGAACCGCAAGAUCGAUCAAGCCAGGGAGAUAUUCCACUCGAUGCCAGGCAGGAAUCUCGUCUCUUGGAACUCUCUUCUUACUGCAUAUGCCAAAUCUGGGCAUCUGGAUGAAGCCAAGGCGUUGUUUGAUGCGAUGCCGCAGAGAAAUUUGGUGUCCUGGACGACAAUGCUGCUAAUCUUUACACAACACGGCAGAAUCGAGUUAUCAAAAACUAUGUUCGAUGAAAUGCCUGCGAAAGAUUUGGUGGCCUGGACCGCGAUGGUGGUUGCUUAUGCCCAAACUGGGCAUUUUGAGAAAGCGAGAUUGAUGUUUGAUACAAUGCCUGCUAGAAAUCUCGUCUCUUGGAAUGGAUUACUCUCGGCUUUUUCACAGAACGGGUGUUUUAACCAAGCAAAGGAGAUGUUCUUGACAAUGCCUGAGAGGGAUAUCGUCUCGUGGAGUGCCAUGCUUGCUGCAUAUGCCCAGAACAGGCAUCUGGAGGACGCUGUAAGGAUCUUUGCCGAUAUGCCAGAGACGAAUCUAGUGUCUUGGAACGCAAUUCUGUCGGCUUACAGUCACAAUGGAGACGUGGAGAGACCAAAGUUAGCAUUCAGUAAGAUGCCAGAGCACGACAUAGUGUCUUGGAGCGCUCUCCUCGCAGCAUUUGCCCAGGCCGGGUAUUUGGAAGAUGCCAAGAUUGUGCUGGAUACAAUGCCCGAGAAGAAUCUUGUAGCGAGCAAUGUGAUGCUUUCGGCUUACGUCCAAGCUUGUCGAGUUGAGGAUGCCAAGAGCUUAUUCGAUGGAUUGUCGGAGAGGAGUAUUGUGUCGUGGAAUGCGAUGUUAGGUGCGUAUGCUCAGUCUGGAGACAUGGAAAGGUUGAAAGAGCUGCUGGAUCAGAUGCCGCUCCACAACUUGAUCUCGUGGAACACUUGUCUCAGCGCUUUUGCUCAGCACGGGCAGCUCAAGAACGCGAAGAGAUUGUUCUCGGAGAUGGUCGAUCGAGACAUAGUUUCGUGGAGCAUCAUGCUGGGAGCUUAUGCCCAGACCGGCUUCGUGGGCGAGGCCGAGGAGAUCUACAACACAAUGCCGCAGAGGAAUCUGGUGUGCUGGAAUUCGAUGCUCUCGGGAUAUGGCGAGAGCGGGCAACUGAGCAAAGCGAAGCAGCUCUUCGACGAGAUGCCGGAACGAGAUAUCGUCUCGACGAGCGCCAUGGUGGCUGCGUAUUCUCGCCUGGGAUUCGUGGAAGAGGCAAAGCACGUCCUGGACACGAUGCCGCAGCAUAACUCGGUAUCGCUCAACACCUUGCUCGACGCUUACACUCGAAACGGCCACCUCGAGCUCGCAGUGGAGAUGUUUCACGCAAGAAUGCCACAGCGGGACGUGGUGGCCUGGAGCAUUAUGCUGGUUUUGUUCACACAUCUCGGCGGCCAUCUCCGGGAAGCAAAGAGGCUUUUUGAUGGCAUGCCCGAGCGAGACUCCAUCGCUCACAGCGUCAUUCUCUCGGCCUACGCUCACAACGCCGCUCACUUCCACGCGGCUUGCUCCAUUUUCUACGAGACAAAGCUCGCAGCGAUGGCGGACGGAGCCGGCUUUGCAGCGGUGAUCGCUGCUUGCAGCCACGGAGGCAAAGCUUUCGUGGGAAGGGACUUGUUCGUGUCGAUGGUGGCAGAUCACGGCGUGAAGCCGAGUAAGCAGCACUACUCGUGCCUGGUCGAUCUCCUAGCUCGCUCAGGAUAUCUAGUCGACUGCCAGGACCUCAUAGCUCAUAUGCCCUUCGUCCCGGACGCUCUCGAGUGGACGUGCUUGCUCGCGGCUUGUUGCACGCUCGGCGGAAGCAGUGUGGAGAUCGGGGCUCGAGCAGCAGGGUCUCUGGUGGAGAUGGACGCUGGUAGCGCUCAAACUUUUGUGCUGCUCGCAAACUUGCGCUCGUGGUCAGGGGAGAGAGAGAACUUAACCAGAAGAGGUGGACCACUUCUGACCUCACGAGGUCAAAAAGUCAAUGAAAGUCAAUAG